AUGGCUGGCGGUGGAGGGUUUGUUGGGCCCGGGGGUGAUAUGCCGUCAAACGGCGGACAGCCUCAGGGGACGGAGUACACAUUGCAAGGCGUUAUGCGCUUUUUGCAGACAGAAUGGCACCGCCACGAACGAGACCGCAAUGCUUGGGAGAUUGAGCGCGCGGAAAUGAAGUCUCGCAUUGGACGGCUGGAAGGCGACGUCCGAACGAGCAAACGGUUACACGAGUCCUUGGGAAAACAUGUUCGGCUACUGGAAGCUGCCUUGAAAAAAGAACGAGAGAAGGUCAAGAAGCUCAGUAACAACGAGACGGUGGAGGACAUGCGCGACCCCAAGGAGAUCGCUCGCGAGAGUUUGAACGCUAUCAAAUCUCAACGCCCCAGCCCAUUCGCCGACCUAGGUGAUUCCGACUUGAACGCGGACAAUCAACACGACAGACAAGAGAGUGAACGAGAGAAGUCGCGUCGAUACUUGGCAAAAUGUCACCAGGAAGUCGCCUACCAUGUUAUCCCCUCCUCACACCCUCCUCUCGACCUUAGCGACCCAGACCUUUCGAAUCACCUCUAUGGCAACCAGCAUCUGUCUCAGCAAAGCCUGGAAGAGGCUUAUCUACAGCAGCAACGCCAGAAGCAACAGCAGCAAGCGAACCAUUUCAUGGCACGCGAGGCACCGAUCCCUAACCACCAACCCAUGAUGGCGCAGUACUCCGAACCAUCUGCCUUGUCCCGAGCGCAAAACCAAUCCAAUCUCCCCCCCGGUUCUCGCGAGGCUCUUGAACGAAAACCUCUGGAACCGCAGCAAACGCCUGUGACGGCGGUUGAUAACCGAAAGCAAGGUCUGGAGUCCGCGCGCAUCGAUGAACGCGCAGGCUUCGAAGGAUACGGUGCACAUGCAGCAGGCAGGGACGAGAUGAAGCCGGGUCAGACUGAGGAAAACGCGGAUGACACUGACGGUUGGAAUUUCGAUGAGCCUUCGGAGUCGGAAUCCGCGACAGGACCAAUGCCGCCUCAUCGACCAGAUGUGGAUGCUUUUCCCAACGCCAACUUCGUGCGGUCGAAAUCUCCUUCGCGCCCGGGCUCACUCUCGCAUCGACGGAAGAGCUCCGGUGCGCAGCGCAAGAGUGAUGGGGCCAUUGAACUGAGCGCCUCCGGUGUUGCUAAGCCCGACACUAAUUUCAAAGUUCGGUUCGCUCUACGAGGCCACCUGGACGUAAUCCGGUCGGUCAUAUUUACAGGCGGCGGCAGCCCUUCUGAACCAGAGAUCUGCACCUGCAGCGAUGAUGGCACGAUCAAACGAUGGAUCAUUCCCGCAAGCUAUGGCGCUUUUGGUUCUCAGGCGGCUAGCUCGAGCAAUGAUCUUGACAUUACGAGCUAUUUCACUCACCGCGGCCACGUAGGCGCGGUGACUGCCUUGGCCGCCUGUUCUCCGUCGCAGAACUUCUCUAAUGGUGGCCGUGUGUCCGGUGAUGGCUGGGUGUUUUCUGGUGGCCAAGAUGCCAGCGUUCGCGUUUGGGAGCGAGGUCGCGUAGACCCCAAGGCUACCCUUGAUGGUCACACCGAUGCUGUAUGGGGCCUGUGUGUUCUUCCUGGCACCACCGGCUCUGUGUUUGGGGACUCCUGUGCUCAGUACGGCGGCCCCGACCGGAUACUACUUGCAUCGGGUGCUGCAGACGGCCACAUCUUGAUUUGGGCCGUUAGUGCACCUCCCCAGUUAUCGUCGCCACAGGCAGGAUCUCGGCGCGCUGGAGGCAGUCGGCGCGCAAACUCGAUAUCAUCCGGUUCCAAUUUCCCUUCUUCCCCACAGCCUAGCACGGCAACGACAACUCCGUUCCACUAUACCCUCAUCCAUAACAUCGUUCACAAAGACUCCCCGUCGCCAACUUGUAUAAGUCCUCUGUCUCUUGCUGGUGUCAACUUUGUCGUUUCCUUUUCGGACGCGUCCGUGAUCGUCUAUGAUACGAGAACUGGCGAGGAGAUUGCGGGAAUGGCGAGCCUAGAGACAUACGACGGAACGCCAUCGACAGGUGUUAACUCUGUUGUUGCGACCACGGUUGGUUUUGAUGGCUCGGCAGGCCUCGACCCAAGCCGCAUUCCAGCCGAAGAGGAGGUAGUUCACGGCGCGACUGGUUCGAGCGCUGUGGAGGGAGUGAUCAUUUGUGGAUACGAAGACAGAUAUAUCCGGUUCUUCGAUGCCAACAGUGGCCAAUGUACCUACACUAUGCUUGCUCAUCCAUCAGCGAUUGCAUCACUGUCGCUCUCUCCGGACGGGCGUGAACUAGUGUCUGCCGGUCAUGAUGCCAGUUUGCGAUUCUGGAACCUGGAGAAACGAAGCUGUACCCAAGAAAUUACCAGUCACCGGCUGAUGCGCGGCGAAGGUGUUUGCGCCGCGGUAUGGAGCCGUGACGGUCGCUGGGUCGUCAGUGGAGGAGGAGACGGGGUCGUGAAGGUCUUCUCGAGAUAA